CUCUGGCGAGUCUUGCGGAAACUGGUUUACUGCCUCAUCCUCUCUUCGUCUUCUUGCAUGCACUGCCCGAUGCGGGCCGGUCACGCUUCCGGUGGAUAGUACCUUGCAUGACCUGAGUUUACUGAGUUUCUCCUAGCAUGACUUGAGAUUUCAUGACGAGAAACUUAAAGGUCGAUAUUCUACUGAUUCACACCAUAAUACAUCAUAUAUUUACAUGCAAUUUUUGUCCUGAUAAAAAAAAUUGUCCGGAAGACCCUUAGAACCAGAUUGAUGUAACUAUAUGACCUAAACUCCCUCCCUUGUACUUCUCGUGCAAUUUGUAAACCUUUAUUCCUUCUAAGCGCGAUGAAAAACAGUGAUCCUGCCUUUUCGUCAAAAAAAAGUCCUAAAAGCAUACGGUGCAGUCAGGAUCUUCAUUAGAUAUAGGUCAACUUCCACUUGAGCUUUUAGUUAUAACUAUGCUAUGCCAAUAAUUAGGGCAUUCUUUCAUUAUAGGUCCAGGACAUGCCUACAAAGAAUCAAGAAUGUACACGCACGGGAGGAGAAGCAAGCACAUGUAAGAAGAGAAAGGCUUCUUUACAGUCCAACUCCAACCGAGAAGAUUCUCCGCCUCCGAGGGAUGACCUUUCACGCAUAUUACGCAAGAGCCUACUUCCCCGUGGUUAUCCUAUGCCAUCUAAGAUUGCUGGGGGCAUGCGCUUGGUGAAUACAUUUGAGCUCUGCUUUGGAAAUUUAGAUGGCUACAGUGAAGAGCAAACCAGUACUAAGUUGCUUGCUUUGAGCCUAUGUCAAUCCAUUGUUUCACUUGCUGCUUUUAAGGGUAAAACUAGACAGUUAACAUGCACAGGCACAAUCAUACAGCACACAACAUCCAGCAUGAGCAUUCUAACCUCUGCGAGCUUGAUUAGAUCCUCUGAAGAUGAAAGUAAGAUGCUUGAUAAACUGGAGAUUAAGGUGCGCCUGCCCAAUGGCAAGCUUGUUGUAGGAAAACUGUGGAAAUAUGAUCUUUAUUAUAAUAUUGUUGUUGUGAACACCAAGGCUUUUCCAGAACUUCGUGCAGCAUGCUUUCAUAAUGAGGUGCUAGCUAUUGUCAAAUAAUUGUCAAAUUCUCCCAAAGUAAACUGGUAGCUAUGGACGAGUUUUCGAAUCUGGAGAAUUAAUGGCUACAGGUGGGACACUGUUGUACAAAACUUGCAAAUUCGAUUGCCAGCAACUCAUGGCAUUUACUUGUAAGGACACAAAGGCUGGAAUUGGGAGCCCCAUUAUUGCUGCUGAUGGAAAAUUCAUAGGCAUGAGCUUUUUUUAUAAGGAUGGAGCUCCUUUCUUACCAAUCACUAUCCUCCAGAAAUGCUUAAAGCACUUCAAUGAAUUUGGGAGAGUUCUGCAGCCAUGGCAUGGUCUGAGGACUGGAUCACUUCAAGCUGAAAAACUGUGUGUCCGUGAAGAAGUACAUGACAGCUUCCCCCAUGCACAUGGCAUUUAAGUACAGAAG